CUUCCCAUCCGUUCGCUGCUCGUCAAACAUUACACAACCAAAAAAAAAAAUCCCAAAGCAAAAGGCCAAAGGGAAGAAUAAUCAAGCACAGAUUCAUCGUUUCUUCACCGUUUUUAUUCAACCUUUUCUUCUUUACUCCAACAAUUCCGUUUCCAGUCCCUUUUUUCUCUUUGAAUUGUUCUUUCCCUUGUCGUUUCUCUCGUUUCCAAUUGAAAGAAGAAGAAGGAAGGAAUGCCGGCUCAGAAGCGUUCUCCCGAAGCCGUUUCAACGCCGGAGGACGGCGAUCUUUUGGUUAUGGAUCAGAGUGUGGACGGCCAUGAACCAGAUCCCAUGGAAUCCGAGGAUGCUGCUGUUGCUGAUGAAUCUGAUCGCAGUCCUUCUCCUAGUAAGGAAGAUAAAGAUGAUUAUGUUGUAAUAAAAUUAUCCGACAUACGCAAAGAAGUACAAUGCCCAAUCUGCCUGGGUAUCAUUCGCAAAACAAGAACCGUAAUGGAAUGCUUACACCGCUUCUGUAGAGAAUGCAUUGACAAAUCAAUGCGGAUGGGGAACAAUGAAUGCCCUGCUUGCCGCACUCAUUGUGCUAGUCGUCGGUCUCUGAGAGAUGAUCCUAACUAUGAUGCCCUCAUUGCAGCCUUAUAUCCAGAUAUCGACAAACACGAGGAAGAGGAAUUCAUUUUGCAUGAGGAGGAGAAAGCUCGGAAUAAGCAGAUCCAAGCUUCCAUUGCCCAGACUUUGCACCGGCAAUCAGAAGUUAUGGGUAGGAAACGGACAGUUAAAGUCAUUUCAUCUGCAACUAUAAGGAGAUCAAACGGUCGCUAUCAAGGGAGGAGAAAAUAUCAAACUUCUGAACAUCAAGUGUCUACUGAUAAUAAUGAGGAUGCAAACGAAAAUGGAAGCACAGGUUCAUCUUUGGCCGAUGAGGAUCUUACUGAGGUCAUACCAAAGAGAUUGAAGAGAUGGGAGGGUCGGUUUACUCAACCUUCUUCAGCUACUAGUGCAGAUGGGGUUGGUGACGAAAAUGAUUCUGAAGGGAACAGAGAAUCCUUGGGUGUAUCUACUGCACUUGGUGCCUCGGAAAGGGUUCAGUUGGGAGCAGGCAGCAUCCGCAGUUACACAGAACCUGGCGGUGUGAGUGGUGAUGAAAAUGAUUCUGAAGUUUAUAAAGAACCACUGGGCUUGUAUGCUUCCUUUAGUGGCAUCUCAGAAAGACUUCAUUGGGGAGCAGGCGGCAUGCGUAGUCACACAAGACAUGGCGGUUUGAGCAGUGGAAAUGGAAAGAACACUCGAAACAGCCGCCUCUCUAAGUUGGCGGAUUGUCUUCGUAGCCUAGAGGAAAAAGAUGAUAAGCUCGAUAUCCACCUAAUGCUUGUAUCGGUUGAUGAACAAAGAAUACCCCAUUUACAACGGCCUUACCUCUGCUGCAGGCCUACUUUGCUGGUUAGACAUCUUUGCCAGUACGUAGCUAUGCAAACUUCUUUGCAAGCCAGCGAGAUCGAAAUCUACAUUGUAAAAGAGUUAUAUUCAAUUGUCAACAUGUCAACCCUUACUAUCACAAAGCCCGGUUUUACGGAAUCAGUCAGAGAUAAGCUGCAAGUUUUGAAAGAAGAAGAAACUUUGGCGGGACUCGGACUACAAAAUACCAGUCAUGGUCAUUUGAUUCUUGCAUAUCAGAAGAAACGGGAGAAUACAGAUGGAGAAUGUCAAGUUUAGUGCCAGCUUUGUUAGAGUAGAACACAAGAUGUUUCACAUAUGCAAGUAUGGACAUACCGUAUAGGAGAAAUAUAUUGAAUCUGAAAAAUAUAUUUGGUCUCAACUGUUACACAAGGAGUUUAGUUUAGGAGUAGUAGAGCA